AUGGUUGCUAUCACGAAGAUUCUUCUCGCUACACUCUCUUCUAGCCUUGUCAUUGCCAGGGAAGGCAAGAUGACUUGGUACAACCCUGGCCUUGGUGCUUGUGGCAAGACGAAUAAUGGCAAUGAUAUUAUCGUCGCAAUUGGGGUGCCUCACUGGCACGCAGCAAAUCCCAAUAAAGAUGCAAACUGCCAGAAAAAGGUCACCAUCCAUUAUGGCGGCAAGAAGGUCACGGCUCGGGUUGUUGACAAGUGUAUGAGCUGUGGAAGAAACAACAUCGAUGUUUCCCCUGCCGUCUUCAAAAAGUUUGGCCCUCUCAGCAAGGGACACUACCAAGUUAAGUGGAACUUGCAUAAUUGA